GUGUGGCGGCCAUUUUGUUUUCGACACCGAGCGGGAGUUGACGGCAGCCGCUGUGGUGAAAGGCAGGAAAGGGCAGGCCGGUUAGCAGGCGGACGGGCCAGCCGGACAGCCAGCCAACAGCAAAGAACUAACCUAGCAAUCUAUCGCUUAACACAUCUAACUAACCGCCCACCAAGUUAACCCGAGCCCCUCCACCGUCAACUCAGGUUCGGCCGGCCCCCGGCCCGCCUGCCGCAGCCGUGGUGGCAGCCCCGGGAGGAGCACUGGCGUCCGUUUCCUUCGAUCAGUGGUUCUCAGUUGUGGCUGCACAAGAGAAGCACCGAGAUUCUCGGGAUUUGAAGAUGGCUGCACAGUCAGCGCCGAAAGUUGUGCUAAAAAGCACCACCAAGAUGUCUCUAAAUGAGCGCUUUACUAAUAUGCUGAAGAACAAACAGCCGAUGCCAGUGAAUAUUCGGGCUUCGAUGCAGCAACAACAGCAGCUAGCCAGUGCCAGAAACAGAAGACUGGCCCAGCAGAUGGAGAAUAGACCCUCUGUCCAGGCAGCAUUAAAACUUAAGCAGACUUUAUAUGCAAGUCCGGACAGUGGCUGUGGAAGGAUAUGUCCAAGCUGUGGCUGGGCGUCUGGAGGGCGGUGCCAUGCAACUAAGAGCUUAAAGCAGCGCCUGGGUAAGAGUAACAUCCAGGCACGGUUAGGCCGACCAAUAGGGGCCCUGGCCAGGGGAGCAAUCGGAGGACGAGGCCUGCCCAUUAUCCAGAGAGGCUUGUCCAGAGGAGGACUUCGUGGGGGACGUGCCACAAGAACCCUACUUAGGGGCGGGAUGUCGCUCCGAGGUCAAAACCUGCUCCGAGGUGGACGAGCCGUAGCUCCCCGAAUGGGCUUAAGAAGAGGUGGUGUUCGAGGUCGUGGAGGUCCUGGGAGAGGGGGCCUAGGGCGUGGAGCUAUGGGUCGUGGCGGAAUCGGUGGUAGAGGUCGGGGUAUGAUAGGUCGGGGAAGAGGGGGCUUUGGAGGCAGAGGACGAGGCCGUGGACGAGGGAGAGGUGCCCUUGCUCGCCCUGUACUGACCAAGGAGCAGCUGGACAACCAACUGGAUGCAUACAUGUCAAAAACGAAAGGACACCUGGAUGCUGAGUUGGAUGCCUACAUGGCUCAGACAGAUCCCGAAACCAAUGAUUGAAGCCUGCCCACCCUCCUGUGAGACUCUUGUUAAAGUCACACAUCUGUAAAUAACCUUGAGAUAACAGAUGAGAAGAAACUUGAUUGAUGCUGGAAGGACCUACCAUAAUAAGCUAUGGACUGACUCGCCACCAGUUUGUGCAUUUAGUGUGUUCCUUUUACUUUUUGAUACUGUGUUGUAUGAAACCCUUUUUUCCUCUGA